CUUGUGGUGCUUUAGUUAUUUAAUUAAAACAAAAACCACCAAUGGCAUUCCAGAGCCGAAACUACCUUACUGGUACAAGCUCCAUUUUCCAGCCUACUCCACCCAGUCUAAGUGGUUCAACCUACAGGAAAACAGCUAUCCGAAAGUAUCAGGCGCCAAGUGUCUAUGGGGGAGCUGGUGGCUAUGGCACCCGCAUUUCCACCAGCACUAACUAUGGAGGAGGCUUUGGUGGUGGCUUUGGCAGUGGAUUUCAGCUCAACACCAGCGGUAGUGACAUCCUGCUUGCUGGAAAUGAGAAACUGACCAUGCAAAAUCUGAAUGACCGUUUGGCUUCCUAUCUGGAGAAAGUGCAUUUUCUAGAUAAAGCCAACUCCCAGCUCGAAAAGCAGAUCAGGGAGUGGUAUGCAAAUAGCUCUUCAACUACACAGCAUGACCACAGUCCAUAUUUUAAAACCAUUGAAGACCUCCAAAACAAGAUUGGUGCUGGACAUCUGGAAAAUGCCCGGCUCGUCCUGCAGAUCGACAAUGCCAAGCUGGCUUCUGAUGACUUUAGAAUGAAGUAUGAGAAUGAGCUAGCAAUCAGACAAAGUGUGGAAAAUGAUCUUGCUGGACUCCUCAGAGUCCUUGAUGACUUGACCUUGUCAAAGGCAGACUUAGAGCUACAGAUUGAAGGUCUGAAUGAAGAGCUGACUUUCCUCAAGAAAAACCAUGGAGAGGAAGUUGGUGAACUGCGUAAACAGCUAGGUGGCACGGUUAAUGUAGAGGUGGAUGCUGCUCCGAGCAUUGAUCUCGCCAAGAUUAUGGAAAACAUGCGACAGCAAUAUGACAUCAUGGCAGAAAAGAAUCGUCAAGAGGCCAAAGACCGCUUUGAUAAACAGACAGAAGAAGUGAACCGGGAAGUCGCUAUUAACGUUGAACAACUGCAAACCAAAAAAACGGAGAUCACAGAUCUGAGACGCACCUUCCAGGGCCUGGAGAUAGAACUGCAGUCCCAGCUUAGUACGAAAAAGGCUUUAGAAGACACACUGGCUGAGAUGGAAGCACUUUAUGCUUCACAACUUGCCCAAAUACAGGCUGCAAUUGGCAAUGUAGAGGCACAGCUAAUGCAGCUUCGAGCUGACAUGGAGAGCCAGAGUACUGAGUACAGUACUCUCCUGGACAUAAAGAUACGGUUGGAGAUGGAGAUUGCCACAUACCGACGCCUACUGGAGGGAGAGGAUAGUAGACAUUUCGAGUCAGAGACAUCUACUAUAGAAGAGACUGAGAAAGAAAUAAAUAAAAUUAGGAAGAUCAAGACAGUUGUUGAGGAGGUGAUUGAUGGCAAAGUUGUCUCCUCCGAGACCAAAGAGAUUGAAGAGAAGAUAUAAGCAGCAUCAGCAGGGAGAAGCCUCUGAACUUCUUAGAGUUGACGGCAAAAAUUAUUUGAUUAAACUUCAGUGGGAGUUAGAUUGGACUGUUUGUGGCUAUGUCUACACUGCAGAGUUUUGUCGCCAAAAGUUACUCUGCUUUAAUUAAACCGCUUUUGUAUGUCCACAGUAUGCUCCUUGUAUCAGCAGAGUGCAUCCACAUUAGCAGCUCUUGCAUCGACACAGAGAGCAGUGCACUGUGGGUAGCUAUCCACUGUGCAACUGACCAUAGGGUGCUUUGGGAAGGGCUGACAAUGCCUCAUGGGGCAGAUACAGCAUCACGUGUUGCAGUUUUCUCAAUCCCAUCGUGCCAAGGGCCCAUGGACAUCCUACUAGAUUGCCAGCUGCUUUUCAACAGAAGUGUGUGAUGGGAGCGGGGAGCGUGUGUGUCAGAGAGCAUGUGUGUGUGUGGGGAGACAGAGACAGAGUGUGUGUUGCGGGAGUGUGUGCAUUGGGGGAGAGUGAACAAAACUCCCCAACAAAUCUCUAAAUUCAGACAGUCACUGGAAGCAACCAGUCCUGAGGCAGGGGGAGGGGGACACCCCUGACAUCAGCUCCCGCCCUGGCUCUGCACAGCACAGCAGUCUCUCUCUCACACAAAAACAAU